AUGUUCUUAAUGUCAAAGAGACAAAACAUUGUCAAGUUUUUAGUAAAAUGUGUUAAAACGAAUUAUUAUUGUCCGCGUUUAUUUUUAUGCGUAUUUAUGUUAUUAAAUUUUGAGACUUAUGUUUUACAAAAAAGCAUUCGUAAGGAAAUGUUUGCAGAAUUUAUUGAUAUACUCGAUUUCAUAUUAAUAGAAAGCAAUAGCUUGUAUGAAAAACUCACAGACAACCUUAUAAUUAUACUAAGGAAAAAUUUUAGAAAACCCAGAUGCUGUGAUAAUUAUCUUGUUUAAAACCGUAUUACAAGUAAUUCAGUUAAAAUCUUGGUGUGUAAUAAUUUUAUAAUGGAAGAAGAGCCAGCAUUACCUUCAUCAGUCAUUCCCACUUUAUCUAAUACAAGCCAAAAAGAUAAUAAUAUUGAAGGAUCCCUAGAAGAAAAAAACACUGACCAUCCUGACGAGAAUAGUAAAGAGAAUCGUGUCAGCAUCAAGGAGCAACAUACUGAAGAAGAAUUAGCUGUAGACACAAAAGACGUAAACGGUGAUGAAGAAAAUGUUGAUUUCAAAUUAACAGGAGACAACGAAGAAGUUCUGGAAGCGACAGAGGCAGAAGGAAAAGGUGAAAAAGAUGAGGAGCAAAUUAAAGAAGAAAAUAAGCCAGAGGAAGAGCCAAUUGUGGAAGAAGAUGUAUUUAUUGAAGAACCUCCACCUGAUCCUGCAGCUCCUUUUGAUUUUAGCGACUCAAAAGAGGCUCUAAAGGAGCCCUUUGAACUGAGACCUGAUCAACUGGCCGAAGUCGAACAGCUUUGGGAUGUUUACCAAAAUUAUACUCCAGCAUAUACUGACAUUGACGGUUAUAUAACAGAAAAAGAAUUAGUUUACAUGUUAAAGAGCCUUCUUUUGAUGACAUACACUCCUGAACAGCUAGAAGAGUUGAUUGCUUAUUGUGUAAGACCAUCUCAUGCCGAGGGCCAUAUAACAUUUGAACAGUUUCUGAAAAUGGUGACAAUCAGACAAAGAGAUUUUGAAAUAGAAGAUGAAUUGCGUUCGUCAUUGCAAGUUUUCGAUCCCGGCAGAACGGGUACCAUUGAUAGGGAGUAUUUUAGAGAAGUGCUAGCGAAACAAGGCCAUAAAAUGCCUCAAAAGCAAUUGGAUAAUCUCAUAAAAGAGGUAGAUAUGUCUAACGACGGAACUAUUGGCAUAGAAGACGUUGUCGGUACCAUGUGUAUUGAUCUGAAUAAAGAAGACUUAAUGAUGCUUAGAGCAUCAGUUUAUCCGCCAGACGAACCUCCAGUGGAAGAAAACAUUUGAUUUCUGCCUACAAAAUAAUAACAAUGUAAAACUUAAUUAAAUUAUGAAUGCGCGUUUACACCGAUA